CUCUGUAGCUUUCCUCCUCUGUUGCUCUCUUCCUCUCGUCCUCUGUCCCAGCCCGUCCAUCCCUGUGUGUUGAGAUGUCGUCCCUACUGAGGAAGGAGAUGCAGAGAAUGUUGUUUAGACCUGAAGGACAGAAACUACAGAAGUUUAUAGAGAUACAUGAAGCAACACCGGGAAGACAUUUUCUCUGCGUUUACGUGACCAAGACCAAAGAGGUGCAGCUGUGUGUGGUGAGAUCUCAGAAAUCACUGUAUUCUGGAUCAAACAAGUUGCAGAAUUCCCAGAAAUCCCAGAAUUCCGGAUCGAAAAAGAAGCUGAAGUCUCAGUUUUGCCUGAGUUCCUGCUUGGAGGACUCCUACCUGAGGACGGAAGUCUGGCUCCUGCAGGACCUCACCCUGCUGGACGGCCGGGAUCCGGACGUGGACGACCCGUGUUUCCUGAUGCACUUCUCCACUGUGCGGUCGGUGACGGCCUUCAGCUGCAGCGCCAAGUACUGCAUGGCGCGGGCCCUGGUUGCCCUGAGCGACAAGCACUGCGGGCGACCUUUGACUCUGGUGAACUAUGACCUGGCCUACAUCAGCUCGUCGUCUAUAUAUUUGAACAGAGGAGACUGUGUGGUGCUGAUGCAGAUAUGUUUCUACGCUGCUAACCUGGUGUGUCUGUCCUUGUGCCCUGUACCUCUGGACUGAGAGAGAUUUUUGUAUUUAUUAUGGAUCCCC